AUGCCCAACACGAGAAUCAGCCAGAUCAGUUCGGAUUUGCAUUUGCGAAGACCUCCCAACACGGCAUUCCAUCAGCAACGCCUCAGCACCUGGGAACUCACAUGGAAACCGCGUGUUAUCUGGCCAAUACUCACCAUAUUCGGGAUCAUUGGCCUGCUCGUCGGUCUAGUGUUGCUGUACGUGUCCUACAACACCCCGGAAUACACGCUGGAUUACACCGACUGUAUCGCGACGGAGGAUUCCGCUGGACGAAGCUGUUCGGAUAUCAUUGCGACAACCCCCGGCGAGGUAUGCCACUGCGAGAUGACCUUCACGCUUGAUCAAGCCUUUCCACGGAGAGUCUUUCUCUACUACGGUCUGCGUAACUUCUACCAGAACCACCAUUACUACACCCGAUCCCGUGACGAUCGACAGCUCCGGGGAGUGCUCUCGAACACGCCGUCCGAACGAUGUGAACCCUUUAUCUAUGCGUACCGUGGUGACCGGUUGCUGCCCAUCGUCCCGUGCGGUUCGUUAGCCAAUUCGCUCUUCAAUGAUUCAUUCACGUUGUAUGCGCUGUCGGAUGUCGCUGCUCCUCGCGUUGUGCCACUGGUCAGUGGUCGAUCGCUUUGGCCGCAUGAACGUGCCGUCAAGUUUCGCAAUCCGCGCGGGAACCUACGUCAACGGCUGGUGAACUAUGCUCGACCACCUUCUUGGUCCCGUGAGCUCUGGGAAUUGGACCCAGAUCAUCCGGACAACAACGGGCUGCAGAACGAAGACUUGAUCGUGUGGAUGAGACCAGCAGCACUUUCGAACUUUCGCAAACUGUACCGUCAGGUGGAUGAUUCGAAGGCUCCUUUUCAGGAUGGGCUACCGAGCGGAAACUACAGCCUGCACAUUGCCUACCGCUAUCCCGUGCACUCGUUCGAUGGACGGAAAUCUAUCAUCCUGAGCUCACCGUCGUUGUUGGGUGCACGGAAUCACUUCCACGGCUUGGCGUGUAUAAUCUCCGGUAUAAUAUGUCUCGUGCUUGCAUGCGUUCUUGCGGCACUGCCCUGUUGGUGA